GCGCACAAUCGUGCCACGUUCUAUCCAUGGGGGACAAUCGCUACUCCAUUUUGUCCGCGGCAUUGCCAAGUUAGACACGUUCGAAAGAAGGAAACGGAAUGAAGGGGCUCGGCGUCUCCCUGCUGGUUGCGUUGCUGCUCGUCCUAUUAGCGAUCGAGGAUACCGUGAGCAAAAAGAUGACGAUCGAGGAAGCGAAGAAAACUAUCAAGAAUUUGAGGAAAGUUUGCAGCAAGAAGAACGACACCCCCAAAGAGCUCCUGGACGGCCAAUUCAGAGGCGAAUUCCCGCAGGACGAGAGGCUAAUGUGCUACAUGAAAUGCAUCAUGAUCGCGACUAAAGCGAUGAAAAACGACGUUAUCCUGUGGGAUUUUUUCGUGAAGAAUGCUCGCAUGAUAUUGCUCGAGGAAUACAUUCCGCGCGUUGAGAGCGUAGUUGAAACGUGCAAGAAGGAAGUGACAUCUACGGAGGGAUGCGAGGUUGCGUGGCAAUUUGGCAAGUGCAUCUACGAAAACGACAAGGAGGUGAUUUUUAAAUACGAUUACGCCGAAAAUAAUACUUUGGCUCUAUUUAGCGCCAUGAACGAUCUUUCGAUGGAGAGCUCGCGAUAUUAUCGAGGAAGCAAGAGAAAUUUCUACACACCUGCGCUUCGCCGUUAUCUUGGCCAUCACGUUCGUAACCGUGGAAAAGCAGUGUGCAGAAAUACCAGGACCAAACCGCAAUGUAGAAGAGUCUAAGAAAUAUCAUCAUCAGCCAUGUUUUAUUCUAUAAUUAAUCGGUCCUCGAUCGAUAAUUUGUCGAAAUUUUUUUUUUUUCUUUCAAAUCUCCAUACGCAGAUUAUUUUAUCACAGAUCUACGAAUAGCUGUCUUUUAUGUUGAAAGGCUAGUCUCUAAAUAUUACUAUGUUCCUAAACAUGAUAAUUUGAUAAAUUAUUUUAUUAUACAAACGUA